UAGACCGCGAUUCUCGAUUUUUCCAUAAGCUCUAACCUCUACAUUUAUACAUUCUCCUGUCUGUCUGUCUCAGUUCAAACGGAAUCGAUUCUUCCGGAAAAUGGCGGCGAAGUUAAUGCACGCUGUUCAAUACGAUAAGUAUGGCGGAGGAGCUGCUGGUUUGAAGCAUGUUGAAGUUCCUGUCCCCAGUCCAAAGAAAGAUGAGAUUUUGCUGAAGUUAGAAGCAACUAGUAUAAAUCCAGUUGAUUGGAAAAUUCAAAAGGGCAUUUUGCGGCCUAUUUUUCCUCGUAGAUUCCCUUUCAUUCCUUGUACUGAUGUGGCAGGAGAGGUUGUAGAGGUUGGACCAGGAGUCAAAAAUUUCCAAACUGGUGAUAAAGUUGUAGCGCAUCUUAGCCAUCCUAUUGGGGGCGGACUAGCUGAGUUUGCAGUGGCUAAGGAGAGUUUAACAGUUGCUCGGCCACCUGAAGUUUCCGCAGCUGAAGGGUCAACCUUACCUAUUGCUGGUCUCACAGCCCACCAAGCUCUUACUCAGUCUGCUGGGAUCAAGCUUGACGGUAAUGGCAAGCAGGCAAACAUUCUGGUCACUGCUGCCUCAGGUGGUGUGGGUCACUUUGCAGUUCAGCUAGCAAAGCUUGGAAAUACACAUGUAACGGCCACUUGUGGAGCACGCAACGCAGAAUUUGUAAAGAGUUUAGGAGCUGAUGAGGUUCUUGAUUACAGGACUCCAGAGGGUGCAUCUCUGAAGAGCCCAUCUGGUCGGAAAUAUGAUGCAGUUAUCCACUGUGCCACAGGGAUACCAUGGAGUACUUUUGAGCCUAAUUUGAGUGAAAAUGGGAAGGUUAUAGAUAUCACCCCUAAUGCUACUGCCAUGAUGACUUUUGCUUUAAAGAAACUUACCUUCUCCAAGAAGCAGCUAGUGCCACUGAUUGUGACCGUCAAGGCUGAGAACCUGGAUUAUCUCGUUAAAUUGUUGAAGGAAGGUAAGCUUAAGGCAGCUAUUGACUCGAAGCAUCCCUUGAGCAAGGCUGAAGAUGCUUGGGCUAAGAGUAUUGAUGGCCAUGCCACUGGGAAGAUUGUCGUGGAGCCUUAGAUAUUAAAAAGAGAAAAAAAAAAAAAGAAGGGAAGUUUAUUGCCAGAAGCUUACUACUGUCAAGACAUGUGCAGUAUAGAAUAAGUAUCUGCUAAUGUAUGUAUCCUGCUCUGUGCCUUUUCUUCCUGUUCAUGUUCAUGUAAAUAGUGAAAACUGGAUUUAAUGUUUAAAUUGUAUGUUUGUAACUGUAGUAAUUUCGUAUUUUAUAGUUAAUAAACUAAAGACGGUAGUCUUAAAGAGUAUGUGAAGGGAGUACGUUGUUGGUUUGUAAUCCCUCAACCUUGGAAUAAAGCAAGACUGUAGGUCCUUUUA